AUGGCCUUCGGAAGGCUCAUUGGGUGGAAAGGUGAUUGCAGCCGUAUUCGACCAAGUCCAAGUGCCAGGCCCCCGUGGGCACCCAGGCCAAUUUCCUUACAUUUUAGUGUGGCUCCACAAGUAUCGGGAGGAUGUGGAGCGAGUGCUCCAAGUGCACCACCCGCCAUUACAGGCACAGCCUCUGGUCUCUGCCCAUGCCAGAGGGGCUACCCGGAGGCUGAAGCCCCCUCGUCCACUGUCCAGGCUCUGCCCCUCAGAGCGAUAGGCCCGCCUCGUGAGGACGGAAGCAGAACCUGGCAGUACUGGCUGUUUUCAACGUCAGACCUGUAUAACUGGAAAGUUACCGAUGGGGAAGGCUCUCCUCUGCAGGUUCUAACAAUUGCCUUACAUGAUGAAUACCGCCUGUAUAAAGGUGUAGAAGACCAAUGUACAGGCUUAACGGAUAUGGCUCCAUGGCUGGAAAAGUUUCCCCAAGCCUGGGCAGAGACUGGAGGAAUUGGAUUGGCAAAACACCAACCGCCCAUCAUUGUGGACUUAAAACCCUCUGCCAUACCGAACAGUGACUUCAUCUGGUUCACGGAUGGAAGCAGUUUCAUACAGGAUGGACUAAGGUAUGUGGGGGCCGCUGUGGUAGACAGCCAGGAAGAAAUUAUUUGGGCCAACGCUUUACCUCCAGGAACUUCUGCUCAGAAAGCUGAACUUAUCGCCCUGGCGGAAGCAUUGGAAAGGGCAGAGGGGAAGAGGCUAAAGGUGUAUACUGACAGCCGGUAUGCAUAUGCGGCUCUUCACAUACAUGGUGCCAUCUACCGGGAGUGUGGGUUCAGAACCGCAGAAGGAAGAGAAAUAAAGAACCAGACAGAGAUCUUCUGUUUACUGUCAGCCAUGACCCGGCCACGAAUGGUAGCAGUCGUUCACAUCCCGGGACAUCAGAAGGGACACUCCCCUGAGUCAAGAGGCAACCAAGAAGUGGACCAGGCAGCUAAGAAAGCUGCCCUCCAAAUGGUACGAACUUUAGUAACUAAUUUACCUUGCCUGCAACUGGAACCCCUGCCCCCCACUCCCAACUACUCUGAACAAGACAUACAGUGGGCUGAAAAAUCACCACAAAUAGAAAAAGAUCAGAAUGGAUGGUAUAUGGAGUCAGAGAGAAAGCUGAUUCUCCCAGAAGAAUUGGGGCGGCAUCUUCUCACACACCUCCACCGAGUGACUCACUUAGGGGAAGGGAAAAUGUUGGAGUUACUGGACAAAGGGCAAGUCCGUAUACACCAUCAGAAGCAAGCGGCUCAGAGUGGGGUAGACCGGUGCCGGGCCUGUCAGGUCAUGAAAAUAGGGAAGAGGAAGAACAAACAUGCAGGUACGAGGGUAGACGGAAUCAGUGCCUGGAUACAUCACUCUCACGUCAGGAAAGCUAACUCGCCGGAACAGCAGUCAGCACGAAUAAACUGGAGAGCACGUUCAGACCCUGAAAACCCAUUGAAGUGGGAGGUGAACGCCAAUGAUUACGUAAAAUUCUCCUUUGCCGACAGCCCAGCCAGAUGUACAGACCAAGCUUCAAAUGAAGAAGGGGACGAGCAGAUAAAAGUUACAUUCACUGAGCAAGGAAAAAAGGAAUUAACCAAGUGGAAGUCAGGGCUCAGUUGGGGCAUUCAGGUUUAUUCAUACCCUCACCCAUCUGGGGUAAUAACCAUUUUACAGGAAAUAGAACCCUUAGAUACCAGGGUCCAAGCCAAUCCUCAGAACAUAGACCCUCUUUGGAAUUUAAUGCUAGCAGCCUACCAAACACUUAACCAUACUAGUCCUAACCUGACUCAAGCCUGUUGGCUUUCUCACCAUGUAAACCCUCCAUUUUAUGAAGCAGUAGGCAUUAAUACCUCUUUCAGCUAUUCUCAUGACCUGAACCCAAAGAAUUGCUCCUGGAAAGACUGUAAGGUAGGAGUUAGCAUACAACGUAUAACAGGAAAGGGCUUAUGCGUGGGGAAAACCCCCAACACUCAAGAACAUUGCGCCUCAUAUACAGAAAUAAAUUCGUCCUUUAACUGGAUCAUUCCCAGGGAAGGGGGUUGGUGGCUUUGCUCAGGAGCUGGACUUUUACCUUGUUUAAACUUGAAAAUACUUAAUCAGUCCUCAGAUUAUUGUGUACUAGUAACUGUUUUACCCCAAAUUCUUUACCACCCAGAGGAAGAGAUGUAUGUACACUGGGGCGGGACAAAUAGAGUAAAAAGGGAACCAGUAACUGCAGCUUUUACUUUAGCCACUUUAUUUGGCUUAGCAGGGGCGGGUUUAGGAGUGGCUUCAUUGAUUUUGCAGAAUCAAGGCAUGACUUCCCUGAGAGCAGCUAUAGACGAGGACCUUGAAAGAAUAGAAGCCUCUAUCUCCCAUUUAGAGAAAUCUUUAACCUCGCUAUCAGAAGUAACAUUGCAGAACCGGCGGGGGUUGGAGCUUCUGUUUCUCCAACAAGGGGGAUUGUGUGAAGCUCUAGGGGAAGAGUCUUGUUUUUAUGCCGAUCAUACGGGAAUAGUUCGUGAAUCUAUGGCCAGGGUACGAGAAGGACUUGCCCUAAGAAAAAAGGAGCGUGAAACUCAGGAAGGAUUGUUCGAAUCUUGGUUUAAUAACUCCCCAUGGUUGACUACCUUGAUAUCUGCCCUCUUAGGGCCCUUCAUAAUCCUUAUAAUUAUAUUAACUUUUGGCCCCUGCAUCAUAAAUAAGCUUAUAUCAUUUGUGAAAGAUCGAGUUAAUACUGUACAAUUCAUGGUCCUGAGACAACAAUAUCAGUCUCUAUCUCCUGUAACACGGGAUGAAGAUUCCUCAUAUGAGUAA